AUGUACGGAGCACCAGGGAGGAGCUCGAGCUCGAACAACGGCUCCUUGUGCGCACCUGGCUUCUUCAGCAUCUGGUCCACCUACUUGGCUCAAAUCGAGCUCGGUGACGACAAGCCAUGGCUCAAUCUCACACAUUCGCUCAUUGGCUUCUUCUCUACGACAUUAGGCCAAGUUCUCCUUUCUCAGCUAAAGGACGAUGGUGGUGUUUCUGUGCUGUCGAUUGACUUUGAGAAAUUUCGGAAAAUGUGUGAUGUUGAAGAUUUGUAUGUAGCACUAGAGGAGAAACCCAAGAUAACCCUCUUAUGUAUGAGCGUUGCAACUCACCAGGUCCUGUUGACCCAGUGGGACAAUAACCGGGUGGAGGACGGUAUCAAAGUUAAUAUCCGAUUGCAUAACUACCCCGAAUCCAUGAUUGCUUUGAAGAAUUUAAAAGCUGCAUAUAUAGAUAAGCUUGUAUCUGUGCGUGGCACUGUAGUAAAAGUUAGCACUGUCAAACCUCUUGUGGUGCAAAUGGGUUUUGACUGUGUGAAGUGUAAGACAAGCAUUACACGCAUGUUUCCUGAUGGGAAAUUUUCACCACCAUCAAAAUGUGAUCUAGAUGGGUGCAAGAGCAGAAAUUUUAACCCAAUUCGAUCUCCUGCACAAACGAUAGAUUUUCAGAAGAUAAGGAUACAGGAGCUACUAAAGCCUGAGGAUCAUGAAGAUGGCCGGGUGCCUCGCACAGUAGAAUGUGAACUGCUUGAAGAUCUUGUUGAUGCAUGCAUUCCGGGAGACGUGGUGACUGUCACUGGGAUUAUAAGAGUCAUUAACAAUUACAUGGACAUUGGAGGAGGCAAAUCAAAAGGAAAGAGUCAAGGAAUUUACUAUUUGUAUCUAGAAGCUGUUUCAAUUAAAAACUCCAAGUCACAGUCUACGCCUGAGGAUGUACAAGAUUCUAAUUCUAAUGAUAUGGCACUUGUUGAUUUUUGCUCAUUCUCCCCAAGGGAUUUGGAAUUCAUUGUGAAGUUUUCAGAGGAACAUGGUCCAGAUACCUUCAGGCAACUACUACAAUCUAUUUGUCCAUCCAUCUAUGGUCAUGAGCUUGUUAAAGCGGGCAUAAUAUUGGCACUCUUUGGGGGUGUGAGGAAGCAUUCAAAUGAUCAGAACAAGGUUCCUGUUAGAGGAGACAUUCAUGUCAUAAUUGUUGGUGAUCCUGGACUAGGCAAGAGCCAACUACUGCAAGCAGCAGCAGCUGUUUCUCCAAGGGGCAUUUAUGUGUGUGGUAAUGCCACAACCAGGGCUGGUCUCACUGUGGCUGUUGUGAAGGAUCCUAUGACAAGUGAUUAUGCUUUUGAAGCCGGUGCCAUGGUACUUGCGGACAGUGGAUUGUGUUGUAUUGAUGAGUUUGACAAAAUGACUACAGAGCAUCAGGCCCUACUGGAGGCCAUGGAACAACAGUGUGUCUCUAUUGCAAAGGCUGGAUUGGUGGCAAGUUUGUCAGCACGAACUUCUGUCUUAGCAGCAGCAAACCCUGUUGGUGGUCAUUAUAACCGUGCAAAAACAGUGAACGAAAAUUUGAAAAUAGGUGCUGCUCUCCUAUCACGAUUUGAUUUGGUUUUCAUAUUACUUGACAAACCUAAUGAACUUCUGGAUAAGCGAGUCUCAGAGCACAUCAUGUCGCUUCAUGCUGGAUAUGGAGAACAUUCACCAGCAACAAAAAGGAUUCGUGGAGCAUCACAGAGUGCAGAAGGCAUAGAUAUGAGUGGAGAAGGUGGUUCUUUGGUUUCAAGGUUGAGGCUUGACCCAAACACGGAUGGUGAUUUUGUUCCAUUACCAGUUCAACUCCUACGCAAGUAUAUUGCUUAUGCAAGAAAUUACGUCUUUCCUAGGAUGUCAAAGCCCGCAGCAGAAAUCCUGCAGAAAUUUUACUUAAAACUAAGAGACCAUGCUACAUCUGCUGAUAGCACACCAAUAACAGCAAGGCAAUUGGAGAGUCUGGUGAGGCUGACACAAGCUCGAGCUAGGCUAGAUUUAAGAGAAGAAAUAACCGCCCAAGAUGCAAUGGAUGUGGUUGAAAUCAUGAGAGAAUCCUUGUAUGACAAGUACAUUGACGAGCAUGGUGUUGUGGAUUUUGGUCGAAGUGGAGGAAUGAGUCAACAAAAGGAAGCAAAACGGUUUUUAAGUGCCCUCAAUAGGCAAUCGGAGUUGCAGCAGAAAGACUGUUUUACAAUAUCGGAAAUAUACAGUUUGGCAGAUAGGAUUGGCCUAAGAGUUCCAGACAUUGACACAUUUGUUGAUAACUUAAACAGUGUUGGUUAUCUGCUCAAGAAAGGGGCAAAGACGUACCAGGUACUAUCCUCAUCUUAUUCUCGGAGUCAAUCGUCAUCAAGGUCAAGAGGCUAA